ACUUUUGCCUCCAACAUAGACGAUUUUCAUCCAUAAAUACCCUUGUUGGUAGCGUGUGUCCUCCACACUUUCUCCACAUACCUUCUUCUUCUUGUUCUUCUUCAUCACCAUCAUCAUCUUCAUCGAUCAUCCUCUAUUAAUUGGUUAUCUUUUUCUUUUCUAGAUUAACUAGCUCAAUCUUUCUCAUCAUGUCAUCAAAUCAAGCAUCCCUUAACCUUAACCAAGCCAAAUUUGUCCUUCCAACCAAUAAUGACCUUGAGCAACAGCAACAACAACAACAACAAGCAACAACAACUCUAGAGAUUGAAGCUGAUCAUGAGGACAUCUUUGACUACUCAAAAAGAUCUCAAUGGCUCCGCGCUGCGGUUUUGGGAGCCAAUGAUGGGUUGGUCUCAACAGCAUCAAUCAUGAUGGGUGUUGGAGCAGUGAAGCAUGACAUCAAGGCCAUGAUCUUAUCAGGGUUUGCAGGGUUGGUGGCAGGAGCAUGUAGCAUGGCCAUAGGUGAGUUUGUGUCAGUUUACUCACAACUAGACAUUGAGGUUGCUCAAAGGAAGAGAGAAAAGGAAAGGGGACAAAGUAGAGGGAGAGAUAUUCAAGAGGAAGACACCAAUUAUGAAGAGAAAGAUAGUUUGCCAAACCCUUUGCAAGCAGCAGCAGCAUCAGCUUUGGCCUUUUCUGUUGGUGCAAUGGUGCCAUUGCUUGCAGCAUCAUUUAUAAGGGAAUAUAAGGUGAGGCUUGGAGUGAUUGUUGCUGCUGUGACUUUUGCUUUGGUGGUGUUUGGUUGGUUAGGGGCUCUGUGGGGUAAGGCUCCAGUAUUGAGGUCUGCUUUGAGGGUCUUGUUUGGGGGUUGGAUGGCCAUGGCUAUCACUUUUGGGCUAACCAAGUUGAUUGGAUCAAGUGCACUUUAGUAUAGUUUCCUAUCCUAUAAUAUGUAAUUAAGGCUUGUUUUAAUUUUUAUUUUCAUAUAUGUCAUGUUAAUUAGUUAACUGUGUUAACUAUAUGCAGCUAUUUAGACUCUCUUUUCAUUUUGUAACUUAAUUGCACAUGCUCUAUCUACCUUCAAAUAUUGAAGGCCCUCAUUGUUUUUUUGCUAAAAAUGAUGAGAUGUGAUGCAUGGGGUUGAAGAAAGUUGUUUAGGUAAUUAGCACAAAGCGUUUUGUAAUUUGUACACAUGCAAUGCUCUUUGUGUAUGAUGAUAUUGAUAAAGCUUUGGAGUUUUUCAUUUGAUAUAAUGGGUUGAGAUAUUA